AUGUUUAAACAGAUGUACUCCAACUACUGCAUUAUAACUGAACUGAGCAAACAUGACAAGGCAUAUCAAAAGGCAGUAUUCCUUCACUCUAUGGGCCCUGCUGGGGUAAAGAUCUUCAAUAGCCUGACCUUCUCUGAAGAUGAUGAUAAAGAUGAUAUCACCCUUAUCACGCAGAAACUUGAUCAUUACAUCAUUGGUGAAGUAAAUGAAACAUAUGAGCGAUAUAUGUUCAAUAAGAGGGACCAAGAAGCAUCAGAAUCUAUAGAGGCUUAUCUAUCAGCUCUCCGUGAACUUGCUAAAGCAUGCAACUUUUGUGAUUGUUUACAAGACAGCCUACUUCGUGACCGAAUUGUUCUCGGGAUCCGUGACUCACACACACGUAAACUGCUGCUACAGAAACGCAAACUCACUCUAAAGAUGGCUCUUGAUAUCUGCAGGUCAGCUGAAGCAACCACAUUUCAGCUGAAAUCCUUUGGUGAAACCGAAACUGAGGCUGUCCACAAAGUUAGUGACUGGAAAACUAAGAAGGAUACAACAGCUAAACACACAGGGAAACUCCCCACCAUCACAUGCAAAUUCUGUGCUCGCAAACAUCUGAGAAAAAAAGAACUCUGUCCUGCAUGGGGAAAAACCUGUAGCUUAUGCAAACGAGACAACCACUUCAAGCAAUGCUGCAAGUUCAACAAAGAGACACGCAAAGUUCACGCACUAGAUGACGCCCAUGUGUAUGGCUCUAAUGAAUCAUUAGACUCUAGUGGCACUGAAUCCAUCAACUGUGUAGAGAUUGCUGUCAAUGCUGUAGAAAACACCAAAGGUGCUCUCUUUGCUGAAAUGAUGCUUGAUGGCAAAUCAAUGAAGUUUCAAAUAGACUCAGGAGCUACCGUCAAUGUUUUGCCAAGGAAAUAUGUGACUGAAUCCACAAUUCAACCACACAACCUCACACUUAAGAUGUACAACCAGUCCACGCUAAAAGCUGUUGGCAAGACAAAAGUCAUCUUGCGCAACCCCCAAAAUAAGAAGAAAUACAGGGUUGAAUUUGUGGUGAUUGAACCAAACUCCUUCACUCCCCUCCUUAGCCGCAAUGCUGCUGAACGCAUGUCACUGAUCACGGUCAACUAUGACAACUUCAGUCUACUGCACUCAGUAAACGUCACAUCCACUGAAGGCAUUCUUGCAGAAUAUGAUGAUGUAUUCAAAGGCAAACUUCCAGGUUCUCUACCAGGAUUAGUCCACCUCCACAUUGCAGAAGACGCAAGACCAGUGCAAUGCUCACCUAAGAAAGUACCAGUGUCACUAAAACACAAAGUCAAGACAGGACUAGCACAACUGGUUAAAGAUGACAUUCUUGCACCAGUUGAUGAACCUACUGAAUGGUGUAGUCGCAUGGCAGUGACAGCAAAGAAAACCUCGAAUGAUCUACGAUACUGUAUCGAUCCCCGUCCACUGAACAAAGUACUACAAAGAGAGUUGUACGAAUUGCCCGUUAUGGAAGACAUCUUACCAGAACUUUCCAGAGCUAAAAUUUUCUCUAAACUGGACCUCCGAUCUGGAUAUCUACAUUGUGUGCUUGAUGACCAAAGUAGUCUGCUCACUACCAUGAUGACACCGUUUGGCAGAUACAGAUGGAAAAGACUCCCAUUUGGUCUGAAAGUCAGCUCUGAAAUAUUUCAGAAACGCCUCCACCAAGCGAUUGCUGACCUUGACGGCAUUGAAUGCGUUGCCGAUGACAUCAUUGUUUUUGGUGUUGGCGAUACAACCGAUGAGGCAGAACAGAGCCACAAUGCAAGGCUAAAACAACUCCUCCAGAGAUGCAGAGAAAAAGGCAUCAAACUCAAUGGAGAAAAAUCUGAGAUCAAAUCUCAAAGCAUCACCUUCCUAGGACACGUUGUCACCAGUGAAGGUCUAAAAAUUGAUGCAAAAAAGGUUGAAGCCAUCACCAAAAUGAGUAAUCCAACCAACCCCGUAGAAGUACAACGACUCCAAGGAAGUGUCACAUAUUUGGCCAAAUUCCUCCCAAGAUUAUCCGAGGUAUUUGAACCAAUCAGAAGACUCACAAGAAAAGGUGCAGAAUGGCAGUGGACUGAAGAACACAACAGAGCAAUGUCUGAUGUAAAAACACUGGUUACAACUGCACCAAUACUGGCCUACUACAAUCCAAAGAGAGAUGUAACCAUACAAUGUGAUGCCAGUAAAACAGGUCUCGGUGCGGCUAUCCUACAAGAAGGAAAACCAAUUGCUUAUGCAAGUAGGGCAUUGACCCCAACUGAACAGAGAUAUGCCCAAAUUGAGAAAGAAGCUCUUGCAAUCGUGUUCGCACUUGAACGAUUCCACCAGUACACCUUUGGUCAAAAAAUUCUAGUUGAAAGUGACCAUAAACCGCUCGAGACAAUUGUCAAGAAACCACUUCAUCGUGCCCCAAGACGUCUCCAAGGCAUGCUGAUGAGAAUGUUGAACUACGACAUAGAAAUUCUCUGGAAGAAAGGCACGGAAAUGCAUCUUGCAGAUAUGCUGUCCAGAUCCUACCUACCGUACACUGAUGGAUCAGAUGACUUUGCUCAGGUCAACCUGGUUGAUAGCCUUAGCAUGGGACCAGACAGACUACGACAAAUAAAAGAAGAAACGGACAAAGAUGAAUCACUGCAACUACUGAAAGUGGUGAUCCAACAAGGGUGGCCCGAUGAGAAAGACUUCCUUCCAUCCCAAACACUACCUUACUUCAACGUUCGUGACGAACUCUCCCUUUCGGAUGGUCUUGUGUUCCGAGGGGAGCGCAUCGUAAUACCAAGCUCACUCAGGAAAGAAAUGAUAAAGACAGUUCACAACUCUCAUCUUGGUGUUGAAAGUUCCCUCAGGAGAGCUCGUGAAUGUCUAUUCUGGCCAGGCAUGUCUGCUGAGAUAAAGCAGUUUGUAUCAAAGUGUGAUGCGUGCAGAUCAUAUGAGACAAAAAACCAGAAGGAAACACUCAUGCCUCAUGAUCUACCAAACCGCCCCUGGGAGAAAAUUGGAGCCGAUCUUCUAGAGUAUGAUGGUAAGGACUACCUAAUCACUGUUGACUAUUUGUCCAACUUCUGGGAAAUAGACGGACUCCACAACCUGACCUCAAAAACUGUCAUAAAAAAGUUGAAAUCUCACUUUGCAAGAUAUGGCAUACCAAACUCGGUAAUCAGCGACAAUGGUGGUCAGUUCACGUCCGAUGAGUUCAAGAAAUUUUCCAAAGUUUGGGAUUUUGAACAUUUCACUAUCUCCCCCAAACAUAGCCAAUCUAAUGGUAAAGUGGAGUCUGCAGUGAAGGCUGCAAAAAGACUACUGAAGAAGUGCAAGAAAGCCAACUCUGACCCAUACAUGGCACUUCUUGAACUGAGAAAUACUCCAACUCAAGGAAUCAGCAGCAGUCCCGCACAAAGACUGCAUAGCCGAAGAACCAGAACCCUUCUACCCACAUCUAACAGCCUGUUAGUACCAAGAGGAAGAGACAUCAUGGAAAGUGAGCGAGCCAAAAUGAAACAUCUACAGAGAAAACAGUCGGACAACUACAACAAACAUGCAAAAGACUUGCCAUCGCUGGCAGAAGGAGAUGUUGUACGACUGAAACCAUUCCGCUCUGGAGAAAAACAAUGGCCACGGGCUGUUGUAAGCAAGAGACUGGACGAGAGAUCCUACGAAAUCGAAACCCAACAAGGACAGACCUUGAGACGCAAUCGUGUUGACCUGAAGAAAACGCGUGAAGAACCACCAGUAAUGCAUGGUCACACAAACAUGAGACACUUGCAUGCCCCGACCCCCACUGACCAAUGCAUUACAAAGCAAACCAUCCUACCACCACAGAGUCACCCAGACCCACAAGUAUCUGAUGGAUCUGGAACACCGAAACAACCCACACGGAAACAACCCACACGCAUCCCUCAAAUGGAACACCCCCCAGGAAUGCAUCAAACAAUUGACCCAAACCCUCAACAAGAGACAAUUGAACUGAAAGACUUGCCAAAAACCAGAUCUGGUAGAAUGAUCAAAGAACCUAGCAGACUAAAGGACAAUGUUAAAUACUGA